AUGUCAACACCAUCUGAUAUUAAUAAAUUUUUUGAUCUUGAUAAGGAAAUCCAAGAAAUCGACAUGGAUUUGGAUGAUAAUAAUAUAGAUUAUGAAGCAGUAGAUGAUAACAAUUUGGUAUUAGAAGAAACAUUAAAUACAGAAAGAGUAAAGACAUUUUUAUUUCCAGAAAGUGACUACAUAACAUGA